AAGAAAGCCGUUUCCCCAUCACGUGACAAGCACAUGACUUCGUCAUUUGAAUCCGGACGUGGGCGCCAAUUCCCUAUUCAUUUCAAUUAAUAAAAUAAGCCAAUAUUGCAAAUUUGCCAUUUUAAAAAUCCCCAAACAGCUUUCUUCUCGUUGUUUUGUCAUUACGAAUUUGAAUUUCUUCCCAGACAACGCCCCCCCCCCCCCCGGGCUUCAUUUCUCGAUCUUCUUCAGGUUAAUUUUAGGUUUUUUUAGGCUUGCCAAUGGAAAACUUAGAUGGAAAGAGUUCAGAUUCUUCGCAAUGCGUUCGCGUUGCUGUUAAUAUUAGACCUUUGAUUACACCGGAGCUAAUGGUUGGAUGUACGGAUUGUAUUACGGUUGUGCCUGGCGAGCCUCAGGUUCAAAUUGGGUCGCAUAUAUUCACUUACGAUAAUGUGUAUGGUAGUGCUGGAUCGCCAUCUUAUGCAUUGUACGACGACUGUGUUGCUCCAUUGGUGGAGUCAUUAUUUCAGGGUUAUAAUGCUACUGUUCUUGCUUAUGGACAGACGGGGUCUGGAAAGACCUACACAAUGGGGACAAAUUAUAGCGGCGAAGGAACCAAUGAUGGAGUAAUACCUAAAGUCAUGGAAAAAAUAUUUAAAAAGGUCGAGGCAAUGAAGGAUUCGACAGAGUUCUUGAUCAGAGUAUCAUUUAUUGAGAUAUUCAAGGAAGAAGUUUUUGAUUUGCUUGAUGCAAGUACUUGCGUUAAUAAUACAAAGGGUGAAGGGACAAAGCCUUUUGCUCCUCCACGAGUUCCAAUACAAAUACGAGAAACUGUAAAUGGUGGAAUUACGCUUGUUGGUGUCACUGAGGCCGAAGUUCGCACCACAGAAGAAAUGACAUCUUACUUGUCUCGUGGUUCAUUAGCACGUGCAACUGGAAGUACCAACAUGAAUAGUCAGUCAAGUCGAUCACAUGCCAUCUUUACUAUUACUAUGGAGCAAAAGAAAAAGCUUGGGCAAGGCACGUCUCAUGAUGAUACAUGCGAUGACAUUCUAUGUGCAAAGCUCCAUUUGGUGGAUCUUGCUGGUUCUGAAAGAGCAAAACGAACAGGUGCCGAUGGCAUGCGCUUUAAAGAAGGUGUUCAUAUCAACAAAGGCCUUUUGGCACUCGGCAAUGUCAUAAGUGCACUGGGAGAUGAGAAGAAACGAAGAGAAGGAUGUCACGUUCCCUAUCGUGAUAGCAAGUUAACGCGUUUGCUACAGGAUUCUCUCGGAGGCAACAGCAGAACGGUGAUGAUUGCUUGUGUGAGUCCUGCCGACUCAAAUGCAGAAGAGACCCUAAAUACGCUGAAAUAUGCCAAUCGUGCUCGCAAUAUUCAAAAUAAAGCAGUCAUCAACCGAGAUCCUGUAGGAGCUCAAAUACAGAAAAUGCGAAGUCAAAUUGAGCAGUUGCAAGCUGAGCUUCUGUUCUAUCGCGGUGAUGCAGGUUUACCGUAUGAAGAGCUACAGAUUCUAAAGCACAAAAUAUCAUUGCUCGAAGCAAGCAAUGGAGAGUUGUUGCGGGAACUUCAAGAACGUCGACUCACUUGUGACCAUCUGUCUCAGCGUGCUAUUGAUGCUCAGGUUGAAAAAGACAAAUUUGCCAUGAUAAUUGAAUCUGUGCGGAAUGGAAAAUCUUUAGAUGAGAUUGAAUCCAACUACGAUAAGGAUUGUGAGUUGAUUAAGAGUUAUGUUUCGAAAAUUCAAGAGCUAGAAGGCGAGGUACUGAGAUUGCAAAGCUUUAAGAGUUCAAAACACAGUCAAUAUGCUGAUCUUGCGGAGUCUGAUGAUGAUAGGCCCCAGUCUGGUAACAUCUUAUUUCCAUGUUCAAAUGAGUAUUCGUCGGAAUAUGAUCCCAAAGCUGGAGAUAUUUCAGAUGGAAUUGAAGAUCAUGAAAAGGAGCUUGAACAUUCGACAAUGCAAGAAAGACUAGACAGAGAGCUAAAAGAAUUGGAUAAGAAACUUGAGCAGAAGGAGGCUGAAAUGAAACGGUUUGCCGGUACGGAUACCUCUGUUCUUAAACAACAUUAUGAAAAAAAGGUUCAUGAAUUGGAACAAGAAAAGAGAGCUUUACAGAAAGAGAUCGAGGAACUUAGAUGUAAUCUUUCAAACAUAUCUUCUACAUCUGAUGAUGGGGCUCAAAAGUUGAAGCAAGAAUAUCUUCAGAAAUUGAAUUUCUUGGAGACUCAGGUCUCGGAGUUGAAGAAGAAACAAGACGCUCAAGCUCAACUAUUGAGACAGAAGCAAAAGAGUGAUGAGGCAGCAAAAAGAUUACAGGAUGAGAUCCACAGAAUUAAGACCCAGAAGGUUCAACUUCAACACAAGAUUAAACAGGAAUCUGAGCAAUUUAGAUCAUGGAAGGCUUCAAGAGAGAAGGAAGUUCUCCAGCUGAAGAAGGAGGGUAGGAGAAACGAAUAUGAGAUGCACAAGCUCUUAGCUUUGAAUCAAAGACAGAAGAUGGUCUUGCAACGAAAGACAGAAGAAGCUGCCCAGGCAACAAAAAGGCUGAAAGAGCUUUUAGAAUCUCGGAAGGCAGCACGUGAAACUUCCAGUGGGGGAUCAAAUGGUCCUGGAAUUCAGGCACUAAUGCAGAAUAUUGAGCAUGAGCUUGAAGUUACGGUUCGGGUGCACGAAGUUCGUUCUGAAUAUGAACGUCAAAUGGAAGAGAGGUCUAAGAUGGCCAAAGAAUUGGCCAAGCUUAAGGAGGAGGAACUGAACAGAGGAUCGAAUUUAAGUGACUGUACUCAAACAAUGUCACCUGGUGCAAGAAAUUCAAGAAUCUUUGCCCUUGAAAACAUGCUUGCUACAUCAUCUAGCUCUCUGGUUUCUAUGGCCUCACAUUUGUCAGAGGCAGAAGAGCGUGAACGCAUUCUUGGUGGCAGGGGACGUUGGCAUCAAGUUCGCUCUCUAGCCGAUGCAAAGAAUAUUAUGAAUUUUUUGAUGAAUUUAGCAUCUUCUUCAAGGUGUUUGCUAUGGGAUAAAGAGUUUGCUUCAAGAGAGAAGGAUUCGGAAAUUAGGGAACUGAAACAAAAAAUAGUAAAUCUUAGCGGAAUGCUAAAAAAAUCAGAAGCACAGAAGGCAGAACUUAUUCAUGAGAACUCAGCUUUGAAAAGAUAUUCCCAAGGGCAUAACUAUGAUCUACGAAAACAGGAGCAUCGAAACUCUGUCAUCAUACAGGCAGACAUGGAUACCUCAGAAUCAGAUUAUGCAAAUUAUAGUUCAGAUGGCGAUGAUGAUAAUUAUGAUUGGGAGAGAUCCAUGAAACGAAGAUUGAAUAGAAAAAAAACCUCUAAAACCAAGGGUCGUGUAAGUAUGGCUGUCUCAAAUGGCACAGAUAGUAGAGAGUUCAACUUGGAUAGUUCUGGCGAUGGCGGCAUAAUUCGCGGGAAUGAAUCUACGGCUACUUCCGUUGUUUGUUGUACUUGUAGCAAAUUUUCUUCUUGCAAGACAUCAAAGUGCCAAUGCAGAGCGAAUGGUGGUGCUUGUGGCGCGUCAUGUGGUUGCAUACCAUCGAAGUGUUCAAACAGAGGCAGUAAAAGUGACCGGGACGCUUCAAUGCAACCGGAUUCAUUCAAGGAUGUUCGAAAUGGUACGGAAAACGAAGAAACCGAUGAGGAAAAUCAGGACCUUGUUUCUCGUGGUGCUAGGUUACUUCAAAAUGCAUUGGCUGAGAGGCCAAGUGAUGCUCCUCCUCCUCCUACUGCUGAAGAUGGUGCAAAAAGAAAGCCUCUAUCAGACAUCGGAAACACAUUGGUAAAAUCAAAGGCAAACAAGCCAAACCAAAGAAAGAAAUGGCGAAAAUCUACAAUUCAACUGAUUCCAACCCCACAACAAGCGUCGUCCGAACCCGAAAAACCCUCGGCCACCGAGAAGACAGAGAAUGACCCAAAUGAGGUUGUCAACAUCCCGUUGAAACUUCCCCGAGCUAUGCGAUCCGCUGCCGUCGUCAAUGGCGGGAACAACAACCUACUGAGAGAGAGAAACGCCGAUCAGCCGGAAGAUUCGAUCGGCGGCAACAAAGGACAUGAACUUGUUGUUCCGAAAAGAGUGGAUGAGAAAGAGAAUUGCAACCGUUAA